GGGGUUCCUCCUUAUUCUCUUUUUUUUUUUUUUCUCUUUCUUAGCGUUAGUAGGAAUUGAGCAUAAAUUCUUGGAUACAUUGACCUAUGUCCAGAAAAAAUUCUAACUUAAAAAAUCGAUGCCAAGAAAAACUGCACGAACUCAGAUAGCUUGACGUUCUGAACUUGUUUACGCCAGCGACGUGAUGUCCAAUCUUCUGCCCACUCUCUCCAUCAACGCUCCGCCGUUCGUCGGACCUUCCCCACCUUCUUCUGCGGCAACAGUUGCCGCGCAGGAUCGGAAGAUAGCCUCAGCGGAGCAGCUCGUGCUCGAUCUUUGCGACCCUGACCUCAGGGAGAACGCCCUCCUGGAUCUCUCCAAGAAAAGGGAGAUAUUUCAGGAUUUAGCUCCUUUAUUAUGGAAUUCAUUUGGUACCAUUGCAGCGCUCCUCCAGGAAAUAGUAUCAAUAUAUCCUGCACUUUCACCACCUACAUUGACUCCUGGCGCAUCAAAUAGGGUUUGCAAUGCACUUGCUCUUCUUCAGUGUGUGGCUUCACAUUCAGAAACAAGGAUUCUUUUCCUUAAUGCACAUAUACCUUUGUAUUUGUACCCUUUCUUAAAUACAACCAGCAAAACCAGGCCAUUCGAGUAUCUAAGGCUGACCAGCUUGGGAGUAAUCGGGGCGCUUGUGAAGGUUGAUGAUCCUGAGGUUAUCAGCUUUCUUCUUCAAACCGAAAUAAUUCCGUUGUGCCUACGAACUAUGGAAAUGGGCAGCGAGCUUUCAAAAACAGUCGCAACCUUUAUUGUUCAAAAAAUUCUUCUGGAUGAUGUUGGACUGCGAUAUAUCUGCGCUACAGCCGAGCGGUUUUUUGCCGUUGGAACAGUGCUAGCAAACAUGGUUGUAUCACUUGCGGAGCAACCAUCUACUAGGUUACUGAAGCAUAUAAUUCGUUGUUACCUAAGACUUUCAGAAAAUCCAAGAGCAUGUGAAGCUUUGCAGAAUUGCAUUCCAGAAAUGCUAAAGGAUGGAACUUUCAACAAUUGUCUUAGAGAUGAUGUGGCAACCCGGCGCUGGCUACAGCAGCUGCUGCAUAAUAUUUCAGGAGGAAGCUUGGUUUCUACCCUUCAGCCUGCAGGGUUUGAGCAUAUUUUGGGAAGUUGAUGCAGAUUUUGUUCCUGUUGUUGUAGCAAUUUAGAUUUUCAGGGUCAUGUUUGUUGAUAUGGAGAUUAGAAAGCUAGCAUUUGUAGAAGACGGAAUCUGUAGUAAAUUACUGAAUAGAGAAGGUUGUAUUUCAGAAUGUUGACAACCAUUGUAGUUGUAAUUUUGAACUGUUUAGAUGUCUUUUUGUUGAUUUGGUUCAGAGUUAUUGUAAUUUUGUUAGAUAUGCUGAGAGUCAAUUAGUCAAGAAAUGGGAUGGUAAAUUCUGAAUGUA